CGACAGUUCUUGCUCAUGGAGAUGCUGCUUUAUGAAUCCACAUUGGAAGUUUGAGAUUAUUGUUAAAGGAACAGGAGGAAAAGACAUGGCUGUUGUUCUUGCAGCAGCAAAGGUUGUCCCCUCCCCCCUUUUUGGAAUUGCAGGGAAAAGCUCGAAACUUGAGAUUGAACGUAAGCUACAAUGUAGGUCUCCAAUAGUGUCAUACUCUCACGACUCGCCACCAACUCGCCGGGAUGUUGUACUUGGCGGUGGUUCCAUUUUCACACUUACGACCUUGAGUUGCAUCUUUAGUCCAUUGAAGGUUUUAGCUGCAGAAAAGAGCACUCAGGAAGAAGAAGAAGAUAAAGGAGUGAUUGGAGCCGUCAAAUCACUGUUUGAUCCUAAUGAGAAGACCAAAUCAGGCAAAGUAUUGCCUAAGGCUUACUUAAAGUCGGCAAGAGAAGUCGUGAAGAAUCUGCGUGAGUCUCUGCAAGAGGAUCCCAAGGACGUCGUUAAGUUUAGAAGGACUGCAGAUGCUGCGAAGGAGUCGAUUCGGGAUUAUCUGGGUAACUGGACGGGACAACAGACUGUUGCCCGGGAGGAAUCGUACGUUAUACUGGAGAGAGCAAUACGAUCUCUUGCCAGUUUCUACUCGAAGGCAGGCCCAUCUGCCCCGCUUCCUGAUGAGGUUAAGUCGGAAAUACUAGAUGAUCUGAGUUCAGCUGAGGAAUUCUUGUAGGAUAACAGCUCCAUUCUACAAUGUACAGCUUAAAUUUAGUUUUGUUCUUCAGGCAUUGGAUAUAUAUCUUCAUGUUGACAAUUCAUGGAUCUAUUUCAUAAAUCCGGAGUCUUCUUCGCAGUGCUUUAC